GCACUUACAGACGUCACUGACGUAUUGGAAAAAGUCAAAAUCAGCUGUGUUUGUGGGGCGUUUGCUUGAAAUAUCGAAACGAAGUAAAAUUGAUUUGCAUCGCAAGAGUUUUACCGUUUUUCCGAACUUUUCCACUCUAACGAAUAUUCCGAUUAUCUCACCUCGACCUUCGUGCUAGAUUCCGCGAGAAAACCGAGUGCCGCCAUUCCGUGAAAAUUGAACUACGAACGCCAGAUUGCCCCUUGCCGAGUUGUGCGUGAAGCUGAAAUUUCCUCGCCGGGAGCCAAUCGUUGCGCUGGCAAGGAGUUAUGCCGCCGUUGAAAAGCUACUCGCCCUCCGACGAGUACGCUCGCUAUGAAGAUUCCCAAUCGAACGCGAUGAUGUCGACUACAACGACGGAGCGGCGACCGUACACCUCCUCGCAAUAUGCCCAGAAAGUGUUGACAAACCUGUGCCAACUGCGUCAGGACUCGCGAUUUUGUGAUGUGGAAAUUAUCGCAGGCGAAGUGACGUUGUCGGCACAUCGUGCGGUCCUGAGUGCCUCGAGCGAAUACUUCGAGGCGAUGUUCCGGCCUGAGCUCGGGCUGAGCGAAGGCAAGCAGAAGUCGGUGAUUCUGCACUCGAUCGAUCCCGAGAUACUCAAAAUUCUACUCGAUUUCAUUUACACGGGACGAAUUCACAUAACUCAGAUAAAUGUCCAGGAGCUGCUGGCGGCUGCCGAUAUGCUUCAGCUGCACGAAGUGGUCGAUGGUUGCUGCGAGUUUCUAUGCCGCGAGUUGCAUGCUACGAACGCACUCGGCAUUCUACGAUUCGCUGAAGCGCACAACUGCAAAGAACUGGCUGAGAGUGCAUUCAACUUUAUUAAUUCUCAUUUCCCUUUAGUCGCCCUCGAAGAUGAAUUUCUCGACACGCCCCAAACACUUCUAUCACGACUUCUUAGAUCCGAAUACCUUCGCGUCGAUAGUGAAUCUCAGGUAUUUCAGGCAGCUCUACGUUGGAUCAAGCACGACGUAAAACAGAGACGUUGCUUUGUAUUCGAAAUAUUACAACACGUUCGACUGGCUUUGUUGCCUGUACGACUAUUUGAUGAUGCAAUGAAAGAUUGCCACGACGUUUCCUUGAAUGUUGCACUUCGCUCGAUGCGGCGAGACAUAUCGUCGAAACGGGGACAACUCGUACCACUUAGCGUUCGUCCUCGUGUUUCGGCCAAAAAGAGUAUAUACAUAAUCGGUGGGUCACGACGAGAACGAACGAAUUGCGGCUGGGAUCCAGCCGAUUGCAUUUUUGAAUCAGUAGCGAAAUUCGAUACAUUCCGCAAGGAGUGGAGUGAAAUUGCACCGAUGGAAAUAGGACGAAUUCUGCCCGGUGUCGCUGUUUUAAAUGGAAAGAUUUAUGUUGUGGGCGGAGAGCGAGGCAGCCAGAUUUUGGCAAAUGGAGAGGUUUAUGAUCCGCAGAAUAAUAGCUGGAAGCCAAUUGCUCCCAUGACAGUGCCACGAUGUGAGUUUGGAUUAUGCACAGUAGGUGGAACGUUAUAUGCUGUUGGAGGCUGGGUUUGUGAUGAUAUUGGCGGGACAAUAGAAUGCUACGAUCCGAUUAAAGACACUUGGACGUUUGUUGGUGAUAUGCCGGAACCAAGAUUCAGCAUGGGAGUGGUUAGCUAUGAUGGGUUGAUUUAUAUUGUGGGUGGAUGCACUGCUGCUAGUCGAUAUCUAACAGAUCUUAUUUGUUACAAUCCCGUCACCCAAGAAUGGUCCUCACUGGCUAGAAUGCAAACAGCCCGCUGUCAAAUGGGUGUUGCAGUUUUAGAUAAACAUCUCUACGUGGUCGGCGGAACAAGUAGCAAUCAUGACGUUCUUCAGACUGUUGAACGCUACAGUUUUGAGGAAGACAAAUGGGUUAUGGUCACACCAAUGUCCGUGAACCGUGCAAUACCAGCGGUCGCAUCAGCGGAUGGACUAUUAUAUGUGGCAGGUGGUGAUCAGACAUGUGAAGUUAACUUCUAUCGGGCACAAGUCACAAUAAGUUCAGUAGAAUGCUAUGAUCCCGUCUCGGAUACAUGGAGGCAUUGUCCAGAUCUUCCAAUGAGUCGUUCAGAAGCUGGUGCUGUUGUUGUCUAAGAAAAAUAUAUGAAUUUUUAUCUCAUUUCUAGAAAAUAUAUAUAUUUUUUGUAGAGUGCAUUAUUUAGUCGAUUGGCGACAUCUUGAAGUGAUUUAUAUUUUCAUUUUAUUGAUUCGUCAAAUUUAUUAUUACAGUAUUUAAUGUGUUUUAUUGAAUUUAUAUUCCGAUUGAUUUUUUAAUUAUGUGUAAUCAAAGUGAUGGAUUUUUUUUACAUUAUAUCAUUCCUUUUUAUCUAACUGAAUAUUUUAAACUUGUUUUCAAAUAAAGCAUAUAUGAAUCCCA